AAUGAACGGAUUAGGCAUCUUUUUUGUAUUUCAAUUGCUCUUAUUGUUCGUUGUUCCACUCCUCAAACUAGAUCUACCAUGCGUAUUGAUUGGACUGCCUUUAUUUUGGUUACGUGUUAAACAAGACGAUCUGACUCUAUUGCUCGAUUGGUUUGCAGUGUUUAUGUUGUUACUUGUCAUACUACGCGUCAUACUACGCAAACUCGAUAAGGAACUAUCACGCAAACAGGAACUACCCUGCAUAUUACGCAUGGCGGCCGAACUAUUACGCAUGCCCAUUGGAGUGCCAUUAUUGUUACUUGGGGUACCAAUAUCGCUAUCAGUUAUUCGUUUUGUGUCUCCGGAUGAGGUACCAGAAUGGACAUUUGAUGAGAAGGGAGAAGUGGUGCCUUUGGCUGUUAAAAAAAAAGAACUGGUGCGUUUGGGAGUUAGCUUCUUUCCGCUGUUUUUACUGUUUUCAAUGCCUCUGCUGAUCUUUGUAUUUCAAAAAUAUGAGUUGAAGUUGAUGGACGAGUAUGCCCAUGAGGUUAUUCGUUUCAUAUGUGAGUCAUUAUCAAAUUUAGAUGAGAACCAAUUUGUGCAAAGUGGAGCAGUGGAAGCAACCUAUCGGGCCAUCGAGAAUGACAUCCCUGAGAUUGUAAUUGAAUUAUUAAAAAGACCUAAUGGUAGUAUAUUAUGGAGCAAUCAAGAUCCCGAAGAUUCAAGAAACAUGUUUGCACAUGCUGUAGCACAUCGUCAAGAGAAAGUCGCACGAUUUCUUUAUGAUGCAUUUGGUGAAAGGAAGGAUACAAAUAUGGUUACUGCCACCGAUGAAGAUCAGAACAAUAUAUUACAUAUAGCUGCACGAUUAGCUCCUCAUUCUCAACUAGACCACAUCUCCGGUGCAGCUUUGCAGUUGCAAAAUGAACUACGCUGGUUCAAGUCACUGGAAAGCAUUGUUCCACAGCUCAACAAACAGAAAAAUAAAGAUGGUGACACUCCUACCCAAGUAUUUCAUAAAGAACACAAGAAUUUGGUAAAAGAAGCCGAGGGAUGGAUGAAAAAAAUGGCACAAUCUUGUAACGUCGUAGGUGCUCUCAUUAUCACAAUUAUGUUUGCUGCGGCUUUUACUAUUCCUGGUGGAUACGAUGAGGAAACAGGCGUCCCCAAAUUUUUAAAGAAAUCCCAUGAUCUAGAAUCGAUUUUUGACUUGGUUUUUGAAAGAGCAUGCACGUUAUUUUUAGUAUCAGAUGCAAUUUCUCUUUUCGCUGCAUCCAGCUCAGUGCUAAUGUUUAUGGGGAUUCUCACUUCUCGUUAUGCUUGUCAAGAUUUCCAUAUAUCGUUACCCAUUAAGUUGAUCUGUGGCCUUUCUUUGCUCUUCAUCUCUAUUGCAGCAAUGAUGGUAGCAUUUUGUGCUACUCUUUACAUGAUGCUACAAGAGGAAAUGAAGAAAAUAGGGAUAGCCGCCACUUCAAUAAUAAUAUUUCUUGGCGCCGCUAUUCCUGUCACUUUGUUUUUAUUGCUGCAAUAUCCUCUUUUUGUUGAGAUUUAUGGCUCAACUUUUCGCCGAUCCAUCUUUAAUAGGAGAAGAUACUGGAAAUACGGAAAGAAUGUAUGCUCAGGUUUCAAUAGGAGAUGGUGGUUCAAAAUGAGGAGAGGAUCGCUGAUUGGAUAUUCUGUGCUCUUGUUGUUCCUUAUUAUAUUUCGUUUAAUGCAUUUAUUGUAAAAUUGUACUGGUAUUCAAAGGUUCCAAAAGGAGAUGGUGGUUCAAUAGGAGAUGGUGGUUCAAAAUGAGGAGAGGAUCGCUGUUUGUGAUAUUCUGUGCUCUUGUUUUUCUUUAUUAUAUUUCGUUUAAUGUAUUUAUUGUAAAAUUGUACUGGUAUUCAAAGGUUUACUUGAACAGAUGACUGUAUUAUAAAGAUAGACAUUUGUAAUAAAUUUAAAUGCCUCCC